AUGCAUGUUAUUUUUACUUAUUUACCAGAAAAUGUUCGAGUAGAAGAACAGGCAUUCGGUCGAACAGCUAGAAAUGGUGCACAAGAAACUGGACAAUAUAUUUUAUUGGUAGAUAAGUCUGUUUAUGAAGAAAUGUAUGAAUUAAAUCAAUAUACUAAUACUCAAAGAAAAAUUAAAUUAGAAGAAUUAGCAGAUGUUAUUAUGGAAAGAGAAAAAAUUCUUAGAGAUACUGAAGAAGCAGCUAGAUUAUCAGGAUUAAAACAAAGAAAUAUUCUUCAUCUUGAAGUUGAAGAAGAACUUUUUACAAAAUUUAAUCAUUUUAAGAAUAAAAUAUCUGAAGAAAUCUUUAAACCAUUAUUUAUUAAUAGAUCAGAAAAAUCUCGAGAGAAAUUCGUUGAAGCUUUUGAAAAUAUUUUAAAAAAUCGUUGGACUUUUUGGUUAGAUAAAGCUAAAGAGAAAAUUGAUGCAAUUGAAACUUUACAACAAAAAUUUUAUCUUUUAAACGAAUUUAAUUCUUCCUUUAUCGAUGAAUUUAGAAAUCUCUUAGAAAAAUUAUCUUUUGAUAAUUUAUUACGUAAAUUUAUUAAUCAACUAGAAGAAGCUAUUCAUAUUGAAAAAGUUUGUCUUUCAGAAAAUGAAAUUGAAUGGGCUAAAUUACAUUUUAAAAAAGGAAUUUUAUAUGGAGAUAUAUCAAGUUUUUCACACAUAGUACUUGCAUAUUGUAUUAUUAAUUCAAAGGAUGAAAAAAAUACUAAAAAAGAAUCCAGAAGAGAAUUAAAGAAAGCCAUAUAUUCUUUAGAAGCCAUCAAGAGGAAUUUAAUGUCUAAUCUUAAAAUUGCCGAAUUUCUUUCUCAAACAGCUACUGCUGAUGUUUCAAAAAAAGUUUCUUCAAGAGAAAAUUUUUACCAAGAUCAGAUUAGUGGAAAAUUGGAAGUUAUUGGAUUACAUUUACAUUAUUUGAAAAAAGCUGUAGGAGAAACAAUUGAACCUUUUGAUUUUAUUUUACAUCCAAAAGAUGAACAAAAUCUAACGAAAGAAGAUUAUGAAAAAGGAGAAAAAUUAUUUACGCUUUUAGUUCAACAUGGAAUUAUUCAAGGUGAUCGAAUAAGAAAAAUAUUUCGAAAUAAUUCGGAGGAACGAAGGAAAAUCCAAAACGAUUAUUCGAGAUGA